GAUGAUUUACACCUUUUUUUUUAAUUUGCCGAAAAAAACAUUUUCCAUGACGAAUAUUGUUUUUAAUAAAAAUCAUUAAACAAUAACUACGCAUCGUUUAGUUAUGAAAAAAACACUCAACGUGGGAGCAAUGAACACCUUGUUUAAACAAACAGUUUCUAUAAUGAGCAUUAUGAAAUGGGAUAUAGUUAAAACUAUUGGCGAAGACGAAGAAGUCGAAGAUGUUUCAUCAGACUCUGAUAUUGAAAUUGAAUAUCAACCAAAAAAACACAAGACAAAAGGGGAUUCAUACUUUGAUGACGAAUUCAAAUUCUUAUCUACACCUUCAGAUUACAAUCAUGACACAUGGGAUGAUUUACAGAAAUAUAUAAAACGAAAGGGAACAACUAAUAGAGUUGACGAAAAAAUUGAAAAAUCUCGUAGAUACGUCAAGUCAUUUUUACCUGAUGUCUCUGCUGAAGAACAUGAAGAGUACAAUGAAGAAUCCGACUCAAAUUCAUUAUCAGAAGACGAACUAAAAAAAGAUGGUCUUAGAGAUAGACAAAAGCUAGUCGGUAAAAGAAAUAAAAAAAAGAAAAUUGAAACUAAUGACGACAAUAAGAACGAAAUAACUGUUGAUGAUGAUGGCGAAUUUUUUGAGGACGCUCCUCCAUACGAAGAAAAUGCUUCAUUUUACCAAAUGAAUAUAUCCAGGCCGUUAAUGAAAGCUAUAAGUGUUAUAAACUAUGUCCAUCCAACCCCUAUACAAGCGGCUGCAAUACCCGUAGCUUUGUUGGGAAGAGAUAUUUGCGGUUGUGCCGCCACUGGUACUGGUAAAACAGCAGCUUACAUGUUGCCUAUUUUAGAAAGACUUCUUUAUAGACCAAAAGGAUUUACUCCUAUUACUAGAGUACUUGUAUUGGUGCCAACUCGAGAACUUGGUGUUCAGGUUUAUCAAGUCGCUAAACAACUUGCUCAGUUUACUACAGUUGAAGUUGGUCUUUCUGUUGGCGGCUUGGAACUCAAAGUUCAAGAAUCCAUAUUAAGAAAAAACCCAGAUAUUGUUAUAGCCACUCCAGGGCGUUUACUCGAUCAUUUACAAAAUACGCCAUCAUUUUCAUUAUCCGACUUGGAAGUAUUAGUGUUGGACGAAGCUGAUAGAAUGUUGGAUGAAAAUUUUGCAGAUCAAAUGAAAGAAAUCAUCAAUAUGUGUGCUAAAACCAGACAAACAAUGUUAUUUUCAGCUACUAUGACAGACGCAGUUAACGAUCUUGCUUCUGUAUCAUUAAAUAAACCAGUUAAAAUAUUUGUUGAUAGUAAUACAGAUGUCGCGUUUAAUUUAAGACAAGAAUUUGUCAGAUUACGUCAGGGGAAGGAACAGGAUCGAGAUGCGACACUAGCUGCUUUAGUUUGCCGAACGUUCAGAGAUCAUACUAUGAUAUUUGUUCGAACCAAAGCAGAUGCACACAGGGUAAAAAUUUUGCUGGGCCUCUUUGGACUUAAGGUGGGUGAACUUCAUGGAAAUUUAUCUCAACCUCAAAGAUUAGAAGCCUUACGAAAGUUCAAAGACGAAGAACUCGAUUUAUUGAUUGCUACCGAUGUAGCCGCUCGUGGAUUAGACAUUCGAGGUGUAAAAGCCGUUAUUAAUUAUACUAUGCCACCAACUGUAGAACAUUAUAUUCAUCGUGUUGGUAGAACGGCCAGAGCUGGUCGAUCAGGUGUAUCGGUUUCUAUAGCGAGUGAAAUAGACAGGAAAGUUUUGAAAGAAGUCAUUAAAAAAGCCAAAAAUCCAGUAAAACAUCGUGUGAUCCCCAUUGAAAUUCUAGAUAAGUACAAAGAACGGGUAGAUUCACUUCGUAAUGAAGUUAAAUGUAUCAUGCACGAGGAAUAUGAAGAACGACAAAUGAGUCGAACAGAAGAGUUUGCUGAUAAAACUGAAAAAAUGGCAAAAACAAGUAUUAGUAGUCUAGUUAAAAAAAAAGACGAGACUAAAAGAGAAUGGUUUCAAACACAAAAAGAGCGACAAGAAGCUAAAAAGAGAUCCAGGGAAGCUUUUUCUGCUAAAAUUGAAAAAAACAUUAAAAAAAAAAAGAAAAACAAUGUAGAAGGUAACAAUGAUGAAGAAGACAUUGAAAAUGAAAAAAAAUUACAAAGAGUUGCUAAUUUCCAAGCUAGAAGUGCUAAAAACAAAAUGAAACCUAAAAAAAUGAAUGCUAUCACAGAUUUUGGUCAAGGCAAGUUUAAUUCAAAUCCACAAUCUGGUAAAAAGCAGAAAGGAUCUGUUUUUGAUUCUCAAUUUACUGAUGUAAGCAAAUCUGGCGCAAAGAAGUAUAGAUAUGAAGCCAACCAAGCAAAAAGAAUGAUGGCAUCUAAAAAAAAAACGCUAGUAAACAAAGGAAAAACACCAAUUAAAAAAGGGAAGCCAACAAAUUUUAAAAAAGGAAAAUCAAAGUGGUGACAGUUUAAUUGAUUCUAUUUAUUUUAACUCAUUUGAAUAUCAAAAUUACAAAAGAACUAUAUAUUUUGUUUUUA